CUCCAAAUUACCUUUCCCUUUCUCUCUCUCUUCUCUCUACUGUUCCGUUCAGUUUCUAUAUUUUCCAUUCAAUUCUCCCUCUCAUUCUCCUCUCCUCUCAGUCAUACAGUUGCAGACUGCUCUGACAACAGGGAAUAGGUUUAGACUUGCAAAAGGGGAUGGGAGGGGUGACGUCUUCUAUGGCAGCAAAGCUGGCGUUUUUCCCACCGACGCCGUCGAGUUACAAGCUGGUGACCGACCAGGCCACGGGGCUGCAGCUGCUGCAUCCCUUCCCGCACCGCGAAAACGUCGACGUAUUGAGGCUCCCGACGCGUCGCGGCACGGAAAUCGUUGCGGUCUACGUGCGCUACCCCAUGGCUAGCUCCACUCUACUCUAUUCGCACGGUAACGCGGCUGAUAUCGGCCAGAUGUACGAGCUUUUUAUUGAGCUGAGCAUUCAUCUCAGAGUCAAUAUUUUGGGGUAUGACUACUCAGGCUAUGGGCAGUCAACUGGGAAGCCGAGCGAGCAUAACACUUAUGCUGAUAUUGAAGCUGCAUACAAGUGUCUUGAAGAGAGCUAUGGGGUUAAGCAAGAAGAUGUUAUCCUAUAUGGCCAGUCUGUUGGUAGUGGUCCCACUGUAGAUCUUGCAGCUCGUUUACCUCGCCUGAAAGCUGUUAUUUUGCAUAGUCCUAUUUCAUCAGGCUUAAGAGUUAUGUACCCUGUGAAGCGCACAUAUUGGUUUGACAUUUACAAGAACAUCGACAAAAUUACCUUGGUGAAGUGCCCUGUUCUAGUCAUACAUGGAACUGCUGACGAUGUUGUCGACUGCUCUCACGGAAAACAGCUCUAUGAACUAUGUCAAGAGAAGUACGAACCGUUGUGGAUCAAAGGGGGCAACCACUGUGAUCUGGAGCUAUAUCCCGAGUAUAUUAAGCACCUGAAGAAGUUUGUAUCUUACGUAGAAAAACCUCUCUCCCAAAGGCACUCGUCGAGGAGGAGUAUUGACCGACCUGAACAUUCCCGGAAGAGUACCGACUGUGUCGAUGCUCCAAGGAAGAGCACUGACCGGAGGGAGAAACCUAGGCAGAGCACUGACCGACAUGAGAAACUAAAGCCGUUCGAAUACAAGUUCCACAACGAUGAGAGGCUGUCAAAGUUGAAAGUCACUUUCGACCAAAUGGAAAGAUCUAGAAGAAGCGUUGAAUACCACGAGAAGUCUCGGAGGAGUAUCGACGUACAGCUGGAGAAAGGUCGGAAGAGUGUGGACUGGCUGGACAGGAUCCGGGCGACUUGACUACGUCGAGUGCGGUGCUGUAAAUUUGUGCUUUGUUGAAGACAAGUGAAAGAGUGAUAGGAAAAGAAGAUUUGUUUAAAUUAUGAUGAAAUGGGGUGUGUAAACUGUUAUGAAAUUUGUGAGACGAUACUCUUCCAAUUUUAUUGUCUGUUAUGAAGAAAAAUGAUACUGUGGGGGGUAUAGUUCCAUAUAAAUCUUUCCUCAUUUGGAAAUGUUGUUUCAA